CAAGACAAUGAACAAUGAGAAACAUGUCUCAGAAAUUCUUCCAGGCCCUGGGGUUAAAUACAACAGGUUUCUGAGCGAGGUGAGUGAAUAAAAAGAGGGAGGAUGAGGUUCCACAACGAUUAGAGGAGACAGAAGACGACAGGUGUGUUGAAGUCUUUGAUGAAAGUAUCCAAACUUGGGUCUGACGUCAGAUUUUCAAUGAAGUGGCUUAUAGUUGCACUUGCUGUGUGUAUCACAGCAUCUGUGGUCCAGGGUGCCUCUCAGUCUGUCGCCUGGUGCUAUCAUGCUCCAACCUGCAAUGACACUCGAUGGCCGAUCAUAGCUGCACAAUUUUGCAAUGGCACUCGACAAUCUCCCAUUAACAUUAAAUCAGCAAAUGCCACAGUGGACGGUAAUCUGACAGCGUUCACCUUUUUCAACUUUAACAGCACGACCGCAUUGACAAAGAUUGAAAACACUGGAAAGACAGUCAAAGUUCUCCUUGCCAGCGGUGUUGGGGUUGAAGGAGGAGGCUUGUCUGAACGCUAUGACAGUCUGCAGUUCCACUUGCACUGGGGUAAUGGCACUGCAAUCCCUGGUUCAGAGCACACUGUGGACGGCAAACGCUAUCCCAUGGAGCUGCACAUUGUAAACCUCAAAUCCUCCUAUAAUGGAAACACAACAGCUGGUAUUGCUGAUCCUGAAGGUCUUGCUGCUCUUGGAUUCUUCAUUGAAGCAAUGUCAGGAAAUGAAACUGGCCAGCCUGCAAGCUGGAAGACACUGACCUCUUACCUAACCAACAUUACAAGGGAAGGCGACUCUGUUUCAGUGGCUUCUGGCAUUUCACUUGAUGAUCUCUUGCCUGGAGUGGAUCGCACAAAGUAUUUCCGCUACCUCGGCUCGCUAACCACACCCAACUGCAACGAGGCGGUGGUUUGGACCGUUUUCAAGGAACCUGUGAAAGUCAGCAAAGAUUUGAUUGACCUCUUCAGCAACACAGUCCGAAUCGGCAACAGCACCUCACAAUUAAUGAUUAAUGUCUUCAGGAAUGUCCAAGACGGAGAGCUCCCUGUCAGAACCAGCUCUGGCUCCAGACCAUGCUACUCUUUGGGGCUGAUUGUCUUAAUUCUUGUACUGUGUAGGAGUUAGAACCACAAAAGAGAAAUAAAAACAAUAUAUUUCUGGUUACAAAUGAUUGUCUACAAUCCAGUGGGUGAUGUAAUGGUGAUGUCUAUCAUACAAUAUAAGGUUUGAACAUACCUCUGGCUACAACAACAGAGUGCCUUCAUACUUACAUACUCCAGCAUGAAGGUAAUGAAUGGAAUGACGUGCAAUUGUGAUGUGUAUUGAAGCACUGACCAGAUAGGUAUGUUUGUUUUGGAGGAGUUCAAAUGUCAGCUGUCUUUCUCUGGAAAGGCUUAAUCCACAUUAAAUUAAUAUAAUAUACAGGCACUGAAUGCUGUGUUGUAUGAAUGUUUUCGUUCCAGUCAAAACCAAACUGUAUUUAUUUGUCUUUGUAUACGUACAUACCUGUCUGAAAGUUUACUCAGAGGUAUUAUUGUAGAAUAUGCCGUGGCCAUUUUCCAGUUCACUUCUAUGUUUUUUGUUGUUAGUGUUGGCACUGUUACCAAAUGAACUAUGGUCAUGUUGCAAAGGUGAACACACAAAAUGAAACUCAUGCUGCUUCUUUUGUUUCAUGUAAUGAAGGAUUGAAGUGCCGCUCAUUUUAUUAUUUAUCCGCUCCAUUUAUACUUUGAGCCUUGUGUUGCACUACUUGAACAUGAACUUGUGAACUUUGAUGCUGUUAACUAUAAGUGAAUUAAAAUUUAAACCCAUAAUUUUUCUUCAGGAUGGUUUUUUUUUCUUCCUUUAUUUCAUAACACAGAACAAACAGACUGUUGUGAAUACGCCUCUGAUUAUAUCAUUGAGAAACCGCAUCAGAUUUUAGCUCUAUUGUCGCACUUUGAAUAAACUUGAGCCGACACUACAGCGGCGGCUUUUGAGAAUGUGUCAUAUAAUGUACAAACCAUUACCUGCCAAAAGCCUACUUGUCAUAGAGGGUGUGCAUUUCACUGACAUUACUUCCUUAUAGCUGAUACCUGUCAGGAUGACAUUGUUUUUUUUAUUGUGCUUUUUGACAGUGCAAUUAUUUCACCUCAACAAAUACAUUGUGUCACAGCAGCUAGCCUAAAUGUUCCCCGCUUAUGAUACUGAAUAAAUAUUACUCAAGUAAA